AACAGUUUUCGGCGCCAAAACGUACACGCUUGUUGCCUGGCACCGGGUCUCUUUUGUCGGCGAGUUUUAUCGUCGUGUUUUACGGGAAAACGUCCUAGCUCCGGAAAGAUGCUGAGUGUCGCAACGGCUACGGUUCACCGGAGUAUGCGCCCGAAGACUCCGAGUCCUAAUUCAAGCCCUUCUACUAUCGCAACCGUCGGAAAUGUACGCUCAUGGAAUUCGGAUCAUACGCCAUCUUCGAAACGCAGGAAAACUCGACAAGGUCCUUGCAGUGCACGCAAGAAGAUAUUACCAAAUCCUGUCGAGGAGGUAUCGCAUAAUUUUGGCAUUAAUAAUCCAGAUAUUACCGUCACUAUUGUACCGCGAAAAGAAUCGAUAACUCAUUGGCUUGAUUCCGCACAACGUAAAAACAGCGAAACGGUCGAUAAAGAGAAGCAUAAGUCAGAUGAGGGUGUACUGUUCACGGAUUGUAACGAACUCACUAUAUUAAGCAUUCCACGGAAUUCAACUGGAAAAACGCAGGAUUGUGCAGAAUCAGGAAAUGUGUCAAAACACGUAGCUGUUGUAUCGCCAACGGGUAUUAACGAGAAUGAGAGUGGUUCCAUUCCGUCAAAACCAAAAGUACCAUUAUCCAUACAUCAAAAGGAUAGUAAUGAAACGGAAACUAAAAUCAAUGGGAUGCAAGACAAACCAAGUGGCUCCUUUUGGCAAACUUGGUUGGCUCAGAAGUCGGAUAAAUCAAAAGGGCCUGCAGUAAUUACAGUUCCCAUUGAGAAUGGAGCAGAUCAAGCUUUAUAUUCAUGUGAAGCAUUGGGAAAUGAUUUGUCUCCGGAUCAACAUAAAUUGAGAUCUUUUGAAUGCAUGAGUUCUAAGUUAUUGAGAGCAACCGCGUAUUUAAAUACUGCCAAAGAACAAUCGGAUUGCUCAGAAAUUAACGCCAAGAAACAGGAAGAGGGUGAGGGCUUUACUUCUACUCGGAAUAAGAACGAUAUUCAAGAUAUCGCUUUAACGAUCAGUGAUCCGGCAGAGGAUGAUUCUGCAAUUUUUUCAAAUAGCGGAAUCGUCGAGAACUGGGAUGAUGAUAAUAUCGAAACAUCUGUCUCAAAUGUAUCCCUUGAUUUGUAUAAAUCAAAGGAUUUACAAGCAAAGAGUAACUUGGAGACACCUUACUACAUGACUGGAUUUCCUAAUCCACCUGGUGAAAAUCGAUGUUGGCUUAAUGCCACUCUUCAGACACUGUUUGCCUUACCUUUCAUGGAAAGUUUUCAAGAUCGUAAAUUUAAUGACCUUUCCGAAUUAACAAAGAUGUUCUUGCGCAUGCCCACCUUCUGGAAGAAAGGAUCUUUGGAGAAGCAGAAGAUGUAUCAGACUAUCAAAUCGUUCAAGAACGAACUCCUGGUACUGGAUGAGUCGUAUGCUUCCGAUCGUCAGCAAGAUGUUUCCGAGUUUCUCAUGAUAUUUCUGAAUCAUGUCAAAGCGGAAUAUGACAAAUUUCUCGAGACAGAUUCUGUGGGUGAGAACACGGAGAAUAUUCCAGAAAAUCAGCAGGACUCUCGUAGGCUACUAAAAGCAGCACAGACUCCUUCAAAGAGACAACCGCUGACAGAUAUUUCAUUAACAGAACGGAGGUCUAAUCAGAGUUCUGAUGACCAUUGUUCUAGUCCAACUACCAGAAGGCCCACGAUUACUUACGGUGUCCAAGACCUCCUUAGCCCAAAAAUCAAUCGAAUGUCUAAUCCUGUAGAUCCAUCUUAUAAAAUUCACACUCCACCGCAGAAUCACGUGGAAUGUGAAAAUGAGGCACCGAUGCUGACUAAUCCUAUCGACGAGUACUUCUUAUUGCAUAUGAUGGAACAUUAUACUUGCAAAGGGUGCUCAAAAUAUCGUCAGAAAAAGGUAGACAACCUAAUGCUUUAUGUUGACGUCCCAGCAUGUGAUUUUUCAGUAGUGAGUCUGAAUGCCGCGGUCAAGAAAUGUCUCGCAACCGAAGAGAGGAGCUUAACUUGCAGCAACUGUAAGGAUACUGUGCAUAAUAUGAGAACCACGUUUCGAAGACCUCCCAGAAUUCUUAUGGUACAAGUCAAUCGAUACGGCAUGGCUAGUGAUGGUUCUUGUGCGAAGAUCAGUACGACGGUUGAAAUUUCUGAAACUCUGGAGCUUGAAUCCAGUUUGAUGAGUAAUCCAAGUGAAGGACCUCAGACGUACGAGCCGACUUGUAUAAUAUCUCACGUUGGUGGCACAAUACAUUGUGGCCACUAUACUGCUUAUGUCUACCGACAUGAAAAGUGGUUACACUAUAACGACAUGAGCGUAACGACCAUGACCAAAAGGGAAGUUUUGACGGAUGCCAAGAACACUGCGUACCUUAUAUUUUUUGUUAACAGCACAAUCAUGAAGCAUUCACAGGAGAAUUCUAGGUCGUGAGCCUAUAGUGCCCGAGUUAACAAAACGGAAUCAGUCGCGCAUUUUUUGGCGUUAAUUUUAAGACAAUGUAUGUGUAAAAUCGAUCAAAGGAUUAAUGACACGAAAUGAGUGUUACCAUAGCGCGUCAUUACGGGAGAAAUGGAGCUUACCAAACACUGCCAAUUGCUCGAAAAUGUGCACAUUUCAUAAUUUUAAAAUAAGGGAAGCAAGGAACAUAAAAGUGUACACAACUCGAAAUUACCGCCAUUGACACUAUUCAAUUGUGUAAGUAGCAUAAACUCCUACAUUUUUGUUUACUUUAAUAGAAGUGGUCCACGAGCUUCUUAAGAAAAAAAUUAACGUAAUCUACAAUGGCGUAAUCUGGAGUUACAGAGAAUAUACGGUAAUACCAAAAAGCAAAUUCAGAAAGUGCAUUUCAAAACUAUUUCGAAUUAUGAGAAAUCUGUGAUUUCCAAUUAUAGUAGUACAGAGUGAAAUUUGACAUUAAUUUUAAUAUUUAAAAUUACUGUUCCUCUGGGGGAGUUUUUUUUUAUUAAAUAACAUUCAGAUCUUGCAAUUCUUUUUGUGCUUUAAGAAGAUCGUCUGCAACCGCAAACGAUUUAUCAGAAAGUACGUAGUAGAAUAUUUUUAUUCUUACCUUAAUGUCUGCAUAUAUAAUCGAUAGCGGUAGUGGCAUACCUUGGUCGAUACAUUUUGCGUAUCGUUCAAAGUUGAUGGAUGAAAGUAAUUGCUUCUGAAUUGUGUUAAACCGACGCUUACCUUAACGAACGACAAAGAUGGAGUUCGAUUUAAGCUAUGAUGUUAAUUAUAUUUGCCGUUAUAUGAUAUCCCAAAAAAGGCCGCUGUAUCAUAAUUAAGAGAAGAAAGCAAUGUCGAGAUUUUUUAAUCUGUACUGAGUGCUUCUUGAAAUUGCCAAAAACACUUAUUUGUCUUCCCACAAGACAAAACGUACACUUUAUGUUCUCAUUAAGUAUGUACUGUUCCGUUAAGUCGAUUUGUGGAGGAUACCGAGUGCUUAGUCUUUAGUUUCUUCUUAUUUAGCCUUAAGUUCGCCCAGUGAACGCUCGUAAAUAAGGAAUUGUAAUUUUGAAACGGUCCGUCCUAUUAGCUACAGGACGUUUCUUCUCCGAAUCUGGAUUGUUUCGUUUGCAAUCUUACGAGUUGAAUUUAUGCGACGAUGUACAAUCUAUCGUUUUUAGUCGUCGCCAAAUGUAAAUAAUUCGUUCUCGAGCAAUUAAUGCCUUACUGAACCACAAAAAUUGUAUAUAAGAUAUUAGUAUUUUUUUCUAUUAAUAAGAUGUAUAAACAGGAAGGGUUAUAAAAUUAUAUUUUUCAACAGAA